AUGCUUAAAACAGGUAAACCCAUCUCCGAAGGUCAGCCCUUUCGUCGGCGGCUGCUCAGCGAGUACAUCGCGGAGUACACCCUCGACAACUACGUUCUCUACUAUGAUCUAAAGAAGCUCGUGAAGGAGGCCGAGUAUCUCCGUCUGGAGUGCGAGAGCUAUCAGAAAAAAUGCAUUGAAGACGCCUCAAAAAACAUCGAGAGCCCCGGGCGGAUCUCCUGCUGCAGCGUCUGCCAUUCCCCCACGGCGGAAGGCUACACGGAGGUCCACAUCCCCUGGCCCUCCCCCGCGGAGGUCGCCACGGCGCGGGAGGGGUCGCUUUUUUCCUUCCCCCCCACCCCCCCCGCGCCCUCGCUGGUGGCUGUGCGCGCGAUGCAGGAGCGUUUCCUGCACGACCCCGCCCUCGCCAGCCUCCGCGCGCGGCGCGAGAAAGUCCAGGAGCGCUUCUUCCUCGCCCUCGAGGAGUCCUACCGCAAGGUGAAGUCCUUCGUGGUCGGCCUGGAGACGAAGAUUAUGCUGCAGAUGGUGGAGCUGCACAAGCUCACCGAGGUGAAGCUGCGGGAGGCACUGCCGCCGGACUUCAUCCCGCGGAUCUACCUUCAGCUGGAGUGCGUGCGGCGCUACCGGGAGGUCAACCUGCUGGCCUUCCGCAAGAUCCUGCAGAAGUUCCUUCACCGGGUGGCCUGCGAUCGGCUCGGGCUGCAGCGCCGCGUGCGCGACGUCGACGCCGUGAUCAGCCGGAGCAACGUCAGCCUCCCCACGCUGGACCUUCGCGGGAUCGCGCUGGAGCUGAUCGGGGUCUACGGGACCGUCCACCGGGUCGACCACGAGGCGGCGGUGCGGGGACUGGGGCAGUUCGUGCGGCGCUCGGGGGUCGUGCGGCCGCGGAUCCUCCCCAGCGGCCGGGCGGUCUUCGCGGCCGCGAUCUCGCCGCUCGCGCCGGCCGGCGGCUUCGCCCUCCGCACCCUCGCCGGGACCCGCAGCCGGCUCACGGGGAAGAUGCUGGCGGAGCUCCUGCGCUGCGGGGAGCGGGACGGCCCGGAAAAAAGAGGGGGGGGAGGGGGAAGUUCUCAGUGGUGCGAUAACGGGGAGAUCCAAGUCCAGCUCCCCGGGCCCCUGCGCGGGGAUGACGUCUUCGUCCUGCAGUCCCUCGCGAGCGAGGAGGCGGAGGGGCGCUGCCACGCCGACGCGGUGAUGGAGCUGCUGCUGCUGCUGCACGCCGUCCGGCUCGCCGCGGCGGCCCACGUCACGGCCGUCCUGCCCUACUUGGCCUACACGCGGAACGUGGCCUCGAUCGCGGCGCUGGCGGAGCUCAUCGAGGUCGCGGGCUGCCAUCACGUCGUCACGGUGGACCUGAUGAACGCCCAGGUCGAAGGGAUGUUCUCCAUCCCGCUCGAGAACCUCUCGCCCAGGUCCGAAUUCGUGCGCUACCUCGUCGACGAGCUCCGCGAGGAGGGGCACGACUUCACCAAUCUCACCGUCGUCGCCGCGGACGGCCAUCACGUCGGCCGCGCGAAGGACUUCGCGGACGACCUCAUGGCGGCCGCGGGGCUCGACGGCGAGGCCGCCCUCGUCCCCGUCUGCACGGCCGUCCGCUGGAUGGCGAAGAAGGAGACCGCCGUCGAGCCGCCUCGCGGGGGGCCCAAAGACGACCCCGACGAGGCCCCUUCCACCCGGGGGAUCGCCGCGGCCCUCCGCCGCCAGGCCCGCGGACGCCGCGCGGUGAUCUUGACGGAAACGGAGAACCCCGGGCGAGAGGGGCUUCGCCUUGUCGGGGAUGUCCGCGGCCGCUUUUGCAUUGUCCUCACGACGGUCUUGAACGAGGCCGUCGAGACGGCGAACCUCGCGCGAUGCCUACACGAGAACGGCGCGCAGCGCAUCGUCAUCGUCGCGACCCACGCCGUCCUCGCCGGGGGGUACCGCGAGCGCCUCCUCGCCGCGCCGAUCGAGAAGAUUAUCGUGACCGAUACCAUUCCGCAGGAUGAUGUGCUGCGCGAUCCCCUCCUCGCCGAGAAGUUUCGCGUGCUCCCGAUCGCCCCGCUCCUCGCACGGGCGAUUGAGAAGAUUCACACCGAUAACAACCUCGGGACGCUCUUUGAGAAGUAG